AUACAUGGAAUAAAUGGUAAAAAAUCCAACAUGGCGGAAACAACGAAAGAAAUUGCCCUCAAACAAGAGUUUUGUACGUGAAGCGACAUGGCUGUGGUGGCAGGGAUGGGACUUGGUGUAUUACUAGUGCUGAUAUUUUGGAGUCUUGGCAUAAUAGGAUGCGUCGUUUUGUCAAGAGCCUCAGGGGGGUUGAAAAAUUCAGUGGUGGGGAUAUUUUUUCUUCUUGUUCUUCUCACUGUGAUUUUGGUUCUCUGGCCAAGAAAAACCCCAGAGGAGGAACUGGCAGGAUCCACUGCUAAAAAGAUUGAGGUUGAUGAACUGAUUAUUCCAAAGACUGUGUUGUUUGUGUUCAUCUGCAUAUUUGCAGUUGUGGCCUUUGUUUUUCUUCUACUACAUUGGAUGGAACCUAUUUAUUCGCCUGCCCUCACCUCUAGAAAAACCUAUGCUUUCUAAAUAGGAAAUCAUAAUUAAAAGAGCCUUGCAGAUGGAAUCAUAGGUUUUGCAGCUUAGAAACGUCCAUUGAUGUGCAGUCCAUAACAAAACAGCCUGCUCUGCUCACUAAUUGUCCAGGGCCCAAUUUUACAAAGGCUCUAUUCUGGUUGGCUGUUAAGAGUCCAAUAUUGAAUAGAGUGGACUGGGCUCCAUACAUCACCACAGUGUCUCAGGUGAAACUAUCAGUAUGUGGAGAAAUAGUGUUACAAAGCUGUUAAAGACUGUUUUUGAGUACCGUAAUGGGUGAACAGACUAUGUGGUACAUGAAUGUCAUUUCUAGAUUAGUACAAAAGUGUAAGUCUUUUACCAAAUAAAAGCAAAACAGGGUCUGACA